CUGCUCCGUGGAGUUAUGGAUACGUCAGCUCGCGAACGCGCACGCGCGCGCACAUACAUACACAAUGCAUCGGGAGCCGCUAGGAUGUUCCUCUGUGUCCUGUUUGCCUGUGCAGUUGGAGUGACUUCUGCUUCAACCCCAGUGGAUCUGAAAGCAUACCUCCAGCCCGUCAAUGACAUCGAUCGAGACACGUAUCUGCACCCUAAGGAAGGCAGCAACAUCUGUGCCCGUGAGUGUGUUCUGGGAGAAGAGCCCAAAAUCUGCUACUACGAAUGGACAGUGGAGAACUACGCGACUAUUUCAGACGCGUGUGGAGGCUGCCCCGAUAACGUAACGGACUGCUUCAACGACCAGUGCGUGACGGCAGAUGGCUACGAACGUGGCAUUCUAACAAUAAACAGGAGAAUACCGGCGCCCUCUAUAGAGGUAUGUCUUGGAGACAGAAUCAUCAUUGAUAUAAUAAACAACAUGCCUGGGAGGACUAUUUCUAUCCACUGGCACGGGAUAUUCCAACAAGGAUCCCAAUUCAUGGACGGUGUUCCCAUGGUGACGCAGUGUUCCAUAUAUGAGAGUACCACAUUCCGAUACGACUUCUACGCUAACAACGAGGGAACUCACUUCUAUCACUCCCACGACGGUCUGGAGAAGCUCGAUGGCUUGGAAGGUAACUUGGUGGUCAGGACACCUAAGGAAUACGACCCGAACGGAAAUCUGUACGAUUUCGAUUUACCGGAACACAAAAUAUUCAUCAGUGAUUGGAUGCGUCUCCCUGCAGACGAACACUUCCCAGGACUCCGGGGAGUGAAAUCAGGACAAGAUGCUAAUUCCUUCCUCAUUAACGGCAGAGGACGUACCAGGAUUGGAACUAAAUCGACCACCACGCCGUACGGGCAAAUAAACGUGAAGGCGGGAAAUAGGUAUCGGCUCCGUGUUGUGGGGGGCCUCUGUACCGUGUGCCCCGUAAAGCUCACCAUUGAUGGCCACACACUGCUCGUCAUAGCCACCGAUGGCAAUCCUGUGGCGCCCGUCAGGGUCGACUCCAUCAACCUCUUCUCUGGUGAGAGAUAUGACGUCGUGCUGGAAACAAACAAUGCGGGAGGACCUUACUGGAUCCUUGUGCAAGGCCUUGCUACUUGUGUUGACCAAAGAGUUUACCAGUUGGGCGUCUUGGCGUAUGAGGGCACAGCGUCCGGACAACGCUCUCUGCCUGAAGACCCAGGUUAUGAUGGUUUCCCGCUGCCUAAAAACUACAGGAUCUUGAAUCCAGAGAAUGCAAGCUGUAACUACGGGUCGGGUGGAAUUUGCGCCACGCAACUCGUGAAUCCGAACCCCGUGCCGAAGGAUAUCCUGAAAGAGCUCCCGGACAUCAACUAUGUUCUCACAUUUGGGUUCCAAGGCCUCGACACCGAAGCUCUCUUCAACUCAUAUGACCGCUUCAUUGUGAGCCCUCUGGGGGACACGCUGAGCAGCACUGUGAACAACAUUUCCUUCAUUGCGCCACCUGCUCCGCCCCUCACGCAACCGGACGAUGUGCCAGCCGAUGUGUACUGCCCAACUGACUCUGACGGCUUGGUACGGUGUCCCGAAGGAAAGUCCUACUGUCUGUGUGUCCACGUCAUCAAAAUACCGCUGGGUUCCGUGGUGCAGCUCCUCUUGUCAGAUAAAUCUCCCAGAUCCGACCUGAACCAUCCGUUCCAUCUACACGGAUAUGCGUUUUACGUCAUGGAAAUGGGAGUGUACUCCGAGGAUUUCACAGAAGAAGCCCUCAUUGAAGAUUUGGGGAAAAGAGUAAGAGCAACAUCCUCUGCGCCAAUUCUUAAAGAUACCCUCGCUAUUCCAUCCGGCGGCUACGCGGUCAUCAAGUUCAAGGCAAAUAACCCUGGUUACUGGUUCCUUCACUGCCACUUCUUGUACCAUGUAACGAGCGGGAUGGCGGUGACACUCCAUGUGGGGGAGCACAGUGACGUUCCAACUCCACCGGCCGGUUUCCCGAAAUGUGGAAGCUUCACCCCCAAAGUGUACAAGGACUGAACUCUGAACACAAUCUGACGACUGGCGAAACAUAAAAAUUGUUAUUAUUUUUGUAGAUUAUGUAGUAAGUAAAAAUGCAAGUAUAAAUUUCAAACACGAAUUAAAUGUUACAUGUGUUGGUAUGCAAA